GAAGCUCAUAUUCUUACCUUUGAAGUUGUUCGCGUUCAUGGGAAGUGUUUUGUCCUCAGCAUACAUAAUGGUAGUUUUGUAUGCCCUUAUCUCAAGAGACGGUUACGAGUGGUUAUGCUAUACGUUCACGGCAAAUUAGAAAGUUUUUCUUUGAUAUAAGGAGAAACAAAAUUUAGAAAUUCCACCACAUUUGCUAAAAUGUUACACGAAAAAUGUACGAUAAACUGAAGGAAACCAAAUGGAAAAUAGUCUGCGAAGAUGAUAAAGUCAUUGUUGUUUUUUUCAAUGAACGAAACGAAGCAAUAGAAAAACAUCUAACACCAUCAUAGGUGGAAAAGUAUACAAAAUCUCCACUGUUCAAUUGACACCGACUAAUCUACAUACUUUUCGGUUUUCACUACUUGUUGUUGUGUUUGCUCGUUUGCUUAGUGCAAAUGUGUAUAUAAAUGAAUAAAUAGUUCAGUGGUAGAAGAAACCAUAUCAGUUUCGAAUACAUUACACAUCAUCAACAAUAACAAUAAAAAUAAAAAAAAAGACACUUGAACGAGUGCGUAUGAACGUUUGAACAUUUCAACUAUCUCUCGGCGAUUCCAUAGAGAGAAAAAAAGAAAAAAAGACAACAAAAUGAAACGGAAACAAAGACGAUACAGGACCACUUUCAAUUCGAUGCAGUUGCAGGAAUUAGAACGUGCGUUCAAUCGUACGCAUUACCCGGACGUGUUUUUCCGCGAGGAGCUCGCAUUGCGUAUCGAAUUGACCGAAGCUAGAGUUCAAGUAUGGUUUCAAAACAGGCGUGCCAAAUAUCGAAAGCAAGAAAAGGUCUUCAUCAAAGACGGCGAUGAUAUGAAAACGGAUACCAUUUAUGAGUCUUCCAUGAACGCUGAUCGACAAACCACAGAAUUGGAGAAUUUGCCAGUGAUAGCUGAACAUGACAAAAUAACGCAACCUCAUAAAAACACGUACCAUCACACGGAUGAACUAACGGCAAAUCAAAUGUUGAAUGAUGCAAACGGUAUGAUGCAACAUAAUUUAGAUCCUGAAUCGAAAAUUACGCUUGGAAACCUUUCGCCAGAACGAUUGUCUCCAAACUUAUUCUUGAGCAUGAACAUGAACAUGAACAUGAACCUGGAUGGUGUUGACGAUCGCAAUAAUAUUAGUGUUGAGUGGACAAAUUACACCGAAAAUACUCCAACCUCUACGAUGUCACUUCACUCGCACCAUCAACAUGAACUCACCAUGUCGUCGCCAUUGACGGCUGUACCAGUCAUGAACCAAAAUCAAUACAUCCGACCAAAUCUGCUCAGCACAGCCAACGUAAUCGAUAUAAAUAACUGCUUGAAUCUUGACAGUUCAUCAUCGGCAUAUGAUGAAAUUAAAUUUCUUGGCGUCGAUCACUUCAAUAAUAUGGAGGGAUUUAAGGGUGAUUGCAUUCAAGGUGAUUGCAUUUUAAAUAUGGAUCAGUCCAUUAUUUUGGACGAUAAAACCAUUGGAGAAUCCAGCGUGCAUCUGCUAGAUGAACCAACUGAAGAUCUGGAUAUUCGCGAAACAUUCGUGCUACAUGACUCAAUGGAAAAAUCAAUGGCUUUGGCCGAUCUUGAAAAACCAAUUAUCAACAUCAAUCUUGAGCAUUUAUCAAUGUCCGAUGCGCAGCACUCACAAAUAACCCAUUUGCAACAUCCACAGAAUUAAACAGCUAUAUAAAUGUAAUACAACCUAUCUUGAUUCAAUUCGUUUUUGAGUUUAUCUUUACAUGGUCCCACUAGAAAAAAAAAAUUAAAAUAAAGACGAAUCUUAAUCUAAUGUACAUCUGUAUGACAUUUAGCCGAAAAUUGUAAGAAAUGAAGAAAGAUUCCAAAGAAAAACUGCAUAAAUCCUGAUACACGUCUUCAUUUAUAGGCAAAUGAAAUCCUAGUUAGACAAAUUCGAUCGUGUCAAAAGCAAUUCCCCAAAAGCGAAUCGAGGACUCUUCCCGAUUUUGAUUUGGACCUAUUGACCAAAGACGAUAAAUGUUACCUG